AAAAAAAUAUCAUAUGAUCAACAAUUAUUUUAACCGCUACCUUAAAUUGGUUUAUUUACUUUACUUUUUCAGUUUAUUAUUAAUUUGAUAUUUAUUUUUAGUCAUGACAGAUUCAUAUCUGGUAAGAGUUGGAGGUAAAGUCUUUGAAUUUUCUGAAACAAGUUUACAAACAGAUGCACCAAACUUAUUUACAGAAAUGCUUUGGGGAGGAGAAGUUUAUGGAGAAAAAGAAAUAUUUUUUGAUCGAGAUCCUGUAAUAUUUGAAGUAAUUUCUAGAUACUUACGUGGUUAUGAAAUAUUUCCAAUUUCAUCCAUAAAUUUACCAGUUGGAAUGUCAGAAAAUGUAUUUCGUCAAAAUUUAUUAAGAGAUGCAAAAUUUUUUCAAUUAUCAAAACUUUCAGAAUCUAUGAUUACAUUGGAUACAAGGAUUGGAGAUAUUUUUAAUAGUCAUUUUAAAAUUGAGAAAAGAUUAACUGAUAUUGACCCACUUCUCUUACAAUUAAAGAGAUUUGGUGAUAAACAAUAUGUAAUUUAUAAAAGUGAAGGAAUGCCUGUUGUAUUAUUUCAUAUGGGUGGUGUUAUAUGUGAUGUAUCUCCACUUAAUUCUAUUGAAUGGAAAUUUCAACCAGUAAAUUUAGAACAUAGUAGAAUUAUAAGAGAUAUUAUUAUAAAUGUUAUUGGUGAAGAUUAUGAUCAAAAAAAUGAUAUUUUUAAUGGAAUUAAAAGUGUUAGUGCAUUUGAAAUUGAUGGUCAAAAAGUUUAUGGUAGUGAGAUUUAUAUGAAAUUUAAGGAUAAAACUGCCGAAGUUGAUAAACAAGGAAGAAUAAGAUUUUUAUUAAGUAAAUUGAUUUUUAGUUUAGAAGUUAUUAAUGAACAUCAACAAAGUAAUCCUAUUGGAGGUUCAUCUGCUGGAGGAAAAAUCAAGCAUAGAAUUAAACCUGUUUGGGGUACCGGAAUUACUGAGCCUACUUGGUUGGCUCAUAGAGGAACUUGAAAAAAAAAGAUUUCAUUGGGGGUAAUUAAUUAAUUCUUAAUUAAUUAUUUAAUUAGGUUCCUAUAUUUUGUGUAAAUUUUUUUUUUUUUUUAUUUUAUUUUAUUUUUAGAAACUUUCAAAAAAAACAUAC